CGUACUCUCCCGCGCAUUUUUCUUUCUUUCUUUUUGGACGCUGGAUCAGCAGACAACUCCCGCGUCUUCCUCUCGUAGCCUCCAUAUGGCAGCCUGCUGCGUAUUGCGGCUCUCACAAGCCACUCCUAAACUAUGAAAUCGUCACGUAGAAUACAGUAUAUUUCAUGACUGAUUUUACAGAUUUCACCUUGGCAUAAGAAAGGUGUCUAAGAAAGUGUGAAGCUAUACAUUCAGGGGUGGCGUGAUAACAUUAUUCCUGAAGUUGAGGUCUAGCACGGACAGAUGACAUAGGAAUAAUAAAAGAAUUCCAUAUGGCAAAUUUUAAAGACGGUAAAGCACAAUUCGAGGAUUAGCUCCAGAAUCCCAGAUCAUCUCCAAGUGAGCAACAGUAUCUCAGGGCUACCAACCAGCUGAAAAAUUAAGUGAGAGAGAAUACUAGUACUACUAGCUAGCUGCUAGGAGUAGUAUAUAACUGUACUGUCCUAGCUGAGAUCGGCAGCAGGAGCGACCUGGAGGCUGGAGGAUAGAUGGCCAGGACGACGCUCUACAGGCCAAGGGUGAAGAGCUUCUGGGUGCUCGUGCGCCGCCUUCUCUGCUGCCGCCGCAAGAGUUACAGGCCGGAUUAUGCGGCUGCCGGGGAGGAGGACGACGGCGAGAAGAGCAGCCUCCUCUUGACCAGCAGAAGCUCUUUGGAGGAGCUCCUGGUGUCGGACGACGCCGACGACGACGGCGCCAUCGACGACGCCGCCGUGACCUGCCGGAACGCGUCGCUGUGCGCCAAGAAAGAUGGUCAGGCGCCGGUGGUCGUGCUACCACCACCGGGGCUGCAUCACCCAGUGAUGGCUCGGCCGGCGCACGGCAUGGUGACGACGUCGUCGGGCGGCGGCCGUGAUGGUGCGGCCGUGCAGUGCCGGCGGCGGUUCAUGUUCGGCGGGCUCCGGCGGCGGCUGAUGAUGAGGAGACCGUGGCGGCCGGUGCUCGUCGCCAUCCCGGAGUGAGCAUGGACAAACCAGAAAUGACAUUCCGGUAAAAUCCGUUGGAAUUGAAUCAAUCGAUUGCAGUAUGCAUAUACUCUAGUGUAGCUUUGCGUGUUGCUCGGUUUCUUUCUUUGUUCGUUGCUUGCUGCAGUAUGUGACUAUACUAGCUAUUGAUGCUUCUAUCACUGUUCUGUAAUCAUCAACGAUGUCGGUGCAUAACAGCAUACUUGAACAUGUCCAGUGUCUUUGCUGUGAAGCAAAAUUGCAACCCUGCUACUCUGUUUUUCACUUAUCGUUGAAAUUAUGAAAGCAUCUCUAGAAAUAAAUCUAAAAAAUAUUUUUU